AUGGAUUACGGGUAUUAUUCCUCUGCUCAACCUCACCCAGUUUAUCAAUUCUAUGGGCUCGAAAAUCCCCAGCAGCCUCAGCCCAAUCCGAAUGCAGAUCAGUUUCAGGAUGUCCCGCCUGUGCAGGACCACUUUCAGCCUUUCAACCCAUACGCUUUUGAGCCCGCUGUUCCCAAUCAUCACGCCGCUGAUGUCCUCCCUCCGGAGCCGCUCGCAGCCGACGUCCUAGAUACCUCGAACCAUGAUUCAAGCGAUAAUAGGCUGACGGAUUCGUCCAAUGUACAUCCUUCUACGGCCACGGAAAAUAGCGAUGAGGCAGCACAGAACCAGCGGAGCAGCAGUGAGGAGAAGGACAAUUUGACACCAGCACAGAGUCGUCGCAAGGCGCAGAAUAGAGCUGCACAACGAGCGUUCCGCGAACGCAAAGAACGACGGGUACGAGACCUCGAGCAGGAGCUCAGCGAAUACAAACAGAAUGUAAACACCCUUAUGGAAGAUAACGAAACCCUGAAGCGCGAAAUUGCAAAGGUAGCAACGGAGAACGAGAUUCUUCGUGCGACAUCGACCGCAAACCGUUGCGCCGGAACUGAUAGCCAUCAUGACACUGAGCCCAUCACUACUGGACCAAUGAAAUAUUCCCCAACCGACUACAGUUUGUGUGAUGGUGAAAGCAAACCCAAACCUGUGCACCGGAUCAAAGUCCAUGAAACGACAGGCGAGAAACUCCUUGAUGCAGCGGCUACCUGGGAUAUGAUUGUGAACCGGCUAGCGGAUGAGGAUGCCAAGAUUGAUGUCCAGGACGUUUACAAUAGGUUGAAAGGCCAUGCUAUAUGCGACGGGACGGGACCCGUGCUUGAGGAAUCAAGGGUCAAAACGGCAAUCGAGGAAAGCAUCGCUGCAGGGAGAGAUGAGUUGAUUUGA